CAGCUGACCCUCUUGAAUGAGAUCUACACAGAGCUGUACAUCACAGAGGGAUGGACUGCAGAGGUCAAUGGUGAACAUGAGGUCAGACAUAUUGAAGCAGCAUCCAGGAAAGCAGACAGAGCAGAAAGAAGCAUCAGGGCAGAAGACAUCUUUAGAGGCUCACCUGGAAGAGAUGGACCAAUCAGAACAGUGAUGACAAAGGGAGUGGCUGGCAUCGGGAAAACAGUGUUAACACAGAAGUUGGCUCUGGACUGGGCUGAAGACAAAAGCAACCAGGACAUCCACUUCAUGUUUCCACUGACUUUCAGAGAGCUGAAUGUGGUGAAAGAGAAGAAGUUCAGCUUGAUGGAACUUGUUCAUCACUUCUUCAGUGAAACCAAAGCAGCAGGAAUCUGCAGCUUUGAAUACUUCCAGGUUGUGUUGAUCUUUGAUGGUCUGGAUGAGUGUCGCCUUCCUCUGGACUUCCACAACAAUGAGGUCCUGACUGAUGUUAGAGAGUCCACCUCAGUGGAUGUGCUGCUGACAAACCUGAUCAGGGGGAAUCUGCUUCCCUCUGCUCGCCUCUGGAUAACCACACGACCUGCAGCAGCCAAUCAGAUCCCUCCUGACUGUGUGGACAUGGUGACGGAGGUCAGAGGGUUCACCGACCCACAGAAGGAGGAGUACUUCAGGAAGAGAGUCAGAGAUGAGGAGCAGGCCAGCAACAUCAUCUCCCACAUGAAGAAGUCACGAAGCCUCCACAUCAUGUGCCACAUCCCAGUAUUCUGCUGGAUCACUGCUACAGUUCUGGAGGAGCUGCUGAGAAGCAGAGAGGGAGGAGAUCUGCCCAGAACCCUGACUGAGAUGUUCAUCCACCACCUGGUGGUUCAGGCCAAAGUCAAGAAGGUCAAGUAUGAUGGAGGAGCUGAGACAGAUCCACACUGGAGUCCAGACAGCAGGAGGAUGAUUGAGUCUCUGGGAAAACUGGCUUUUAAUCAGCUGCAGAAAGGAAACCUGAUCUUCUAUGAGUCCGACCUGACAGAGUGUGGCAUCGAUGUGGAAGCAGCCUCAGUGUACUCAGGAGUGUUCACACAGAUCUUUAAAGAGGAGAGAGGACUGUACCAGGACAAGGUGUUCUGCUUCGUCCAUCUGAGCUUUCACGAGUUUCUGGCUGCUCUUCAUGUCCAUCAGACCUUCAUCAACUCUGGAAUCAACCUGUUGGAAAAACAACAACGAACAACCUCCCGUUGGUCUGAAAUGUUCCAAAGUUAUUCAACAGUUUUCUACCAGAGAGCUGUGGACGAGGCCUUACAGAGUCCAAACGGGCACCUGGACUUGUUCCUGCGCUUCCUCCUGGGUCUGUCACUGCCGACCAAUCAGAAUCUCCUACGAGGCCUGCUGACACAGACAGGAAGUUGCUCACAGACCAAUCAGAAAACAGUGGAGUACAUCAAGAAGAAGAUCAGUGAGAAUGUGUCUGCAGAGAGAAGCAUCAAUCUGUUCCACUGUCUGAAUGAACUGAAGGAUGUUUCUCUAGUGGAGGAGAUCCAACAGUCCCUGAGAUCAGGACGUCUGUCCACAGAUGAACUGUCUCCUGCUCAGUGGUCAGCUCUGGGCUUCAUCUUACUGUCAUCAGAAGAACAUCUGGACGUGUUUGACCUGAAGAAAUACUCUGCUUCAGAGGAGGUUCUUCUGAGGCUGCUGCCAGUGGUCAAAGCCUCCAAGAAAGUUGUACUGAGUGGCUGUAAUCUGUCAGAGAGAAGCUGUGGAGCUCUGUCCUCAGUCCUCAGCUCCCAGUCCUCCAGUGUGACAGAGCUGGACCUGAGUAACAACAACCUGCAGGAUUCAGGAGUGGAGAGUCUUUCUGCUGGACUGGAGAGUCCACAUUGUAAACUGGAAGCUCUCAGGCUGUCAGGCUGUCUGGUCACAAAGAAAGGCUGUGCUUCUCUGGCCUCAGCUCUGAGCUUGAAGACCUCAAAUCUGAGAGAGCUGGACCUGAGCUACAACCAUCCAGGAGACUCAGGAGAGAAGAUGCUGAGAGCGAAAGUGGAGGAUCCACACUGUAGACUGGAAACUCUCAGGUACAGACAGACAGACACUCUCAGGUACAGACAGACAGACACUCUCAGGUACAGACAGACAGACACUCUCAGGUACAGACAGACAGACACUCUGAGGUACAGACAGACAGACACUCUCACUAAACUAUCAGCCUAG